AGUUUGUAUUUCAGUCGCAGGUUACUGGAGUCGGUGGAAUCACUAGUUUUUAAAAAUAAUUCCUCGAGGCUGUUGUUGUUUUAUCGGGAAGCGUUUUUUCAGGUGCGGGAACUGAAUUUGUGCUUUUUAAAUUGACAGAUUGGUUUGAAAGGACCGUUUUGAGGUAUGGCUAGGUUGACGAGGAAAAAGCCGGUGAGGUGUGAUGAGGACGAGUUUGACGUCGACGACCCGAGCGAGGUGGACGAACCACAAAACGACGACGGCGACUCUUCUCCGACUGAUAAUUCGGGAGGAAGGCGAAAAUCAGGAAGGCAGAGGGUUUUGAAGAAGGCAUACAAGGACGAUGGGAGUUCGGACGACGAUUUGCACGAUGAUGAGGAAGACGAUGAUCUGGACGACGACAGCGAAGAGGAAAAGUUAGAGACACCGAAGAAAAAGGUGGACAAGAAGAAGACCGCGAAGCCUGCCGGCCGUGGCAGGACCAGGGGAAAGCCGCCGGCAAAGAAAUCUAAGCUUGACGAGGAAAAUGAAGAAAGUGAUGAUAUUGACGGCGAAGAAAGCGAAGGUGAUGCAGCAGAUACUCCUCUAGAAUAUAGGUCUGGAUGUUUCGUCGUUCUCAAAUCUGAUGUGGAUAAUGGCGUAGAAGACCACCCAUUAUGGAAAAUUGACGGUAAAUCAUUAUUGCAGAAGUACGACAAGACGAUGAAAGAUGACGAAGUUUAUUACAAAAGUACAACUACGUAUGCUGGGUGGUCGAAAUCCGUCAUGGACACAUAUUACCCGAUAAAAGUUGAGUUUGAGAAAAACGACAGCUGCAAUGGCACAUACGUCAAGUUCUCAGCAAACCAACUUGAGCAGUUGAAAAAACUCAAGGCAACUGAGUCAAAGGUUGAGAAAGAAGAAGAGGAAAAUGACAACUGAAGUGUGACGUUUUCCAAUUUUAAAUGAUUUUUCUUCUUUUUUUUAAGUUUAAUAUAAAAUUAAUAUUGACAACACAGGACUAUUCCUUCUUUGUGUAUGUGGAAUCUAAGGGGAAAAAAUUAUCCAUUAAAAUUUAAUAACACAAUUACUUUACCUACUCCAGUCCAGAGUAUAGUCUUGUGUUAUCUUUUAGAUCUAGUUGAAUUUAUUAUUUUUAUUUUAUGUAUGUCAAACUGUCAAUUUACAGUUUUAGAGUACAAAAUAUGGUUUUAAUUUUUAUUUAAAUAACAUAAAUUAAAUAUUA